GUGAGUCUUCCUUUUUAACUUUUAAUUGUUAGAAUAGUUUUGACCUAUGAUUGAAUAAUAUUAAGACAGACAGUUAAUGUUACAUUUAUUUUAAUCGAGCACAUCAGACAAUAACUUUAUUAGAUGAUAGAGGAAUCUUGGUCAAUUAUAUCCUAACGAUUUGUUCCAACCCAACUUUUCUGAUUUCCCUUUUCGCGAUGUUUAUCUUCAAGUUUGAAACACCUGAGGUCGUAAGAAUUUCUAAGAAUACGUGUAACAGAAUGGGUGUAGUAAUGUCUUGGUUACAUUUACAAUUACAUGUGCACGGUGACAAUGGUAAUUGCGAUGGGCAGUUGAGUGUGUGCGUAUGUUUGCGGUGCUGCAGUAAACGUGUACCACGGCUCUUCUGCUUCUUCUUCAACAAACACCACGAGAUUUCUCUUUCUCACAGAAGCAUCUUCAGAAAUAUUACAAUGAAAUGUGCAGUCCUUAAUGAACCGUGUUCGUGAUAACUAACUGCUGCUUUACGUACAAAUACAAACAUGAACUUGAAAGUUCUUCGCCAAUUCUGGGUUCACGUUUUCCUGCUUCUAGUCAUUCUUCAAUCCGUCUCAAAAUGUGAGCAAGUUUCUAAUGACAUUAUAUCCAAAUCGUUAAAUACUAAAUCUGACGCAAAUCUUCGCCGGGCGUUGUUGAAAGCUUUACAAGAGUUAGAAAACGAAGAUAAGAAGGAUGCGUCAAAUGAUAAUUAUGAAGAGAAAACCUUACAAAAAGCCAAGGCAUCCAUCGUCUCUGUCAUCACCGAUUCGUUUGGAAACAGCAGAUCUAUUACAGCAACCCCAAGUCCUUCAUAUGUACGAUAUGUCACGAAAGCACCCCAAAACGAUAACAUUUCACUACAUCUUUCUUCAAAGCUGAAAUUGGCUAAAGAGGGUGAAACCGAAUCUAAUUUACUAACAAGUGCCAGUCAAAACAUCGUCUUUUCGGGAAUUGAUAAUAAAAUAAGCGAACAACACACUAGAAGUGCAAUCAACAGGGGCAACAACAAUUUAAUAGUGUCCAGUGAGAAGAUACCCAAAAAGGACACAUUUAGAGCCUACACAACAAGAUCUACAACAACCACCUCCACGACAACCACCAUUCAACCACCUACUUCAUCAACUGAAGAGCAUGAAGCAAAGGUGGAAGACGUUCAAUUCUUUCAAGCUCCUUUAGUUGCAGCGUUCACCGUCCAUCAAGACGAAAAAGGACUUCCUAAAAAAGUGGAAGCCAUUUACAAACCCUCCACCGAAAGUCCUCUCGAUAAACAAUCUAAAAACGACCAACUAAAGAAGAAUUUAUAUGCCCAACAACAGCAGGAGAUUACACGUCUUCAGUUAGCGCUUCAACUCAAGCAAGAAGCUCUUAAACAACAACUGUUGGGUUUUCCAAAUCAGGAUCUUUUAUAUCGUCAACAGCAACUACUUCGUGAACAGCAACUUACCAACGAAGAGACAUUAAAACAAUUAGAAAAUAAACAACCUCCUGCGCCGCCUUCUUUAGGUCUUCAAAGCCCAUCUUUCCCCAUCUCCCCAAACAAAUUCAAAAACACACAAAAUUUUUUCGGAAAUAACCCAGCUGAAGUUUCCAUCCAGCAAAGUAUUUCAUCAGUUCCAUCAAACGAUUUCUUUUUACCAACAAUUCCCCCAUUUUCUCCAACAGCACCGCCUUUAAUAAAUAACCCUCCACAACUUUCAUCCUUCUCCAACCUUCCCCAAUCUCAACCAAUUUUAUCCUCUUUUAACAGUGGUGGGGUAUCUCUGAUCCCCAGUAUAUCGUCCUCGUACAAAGAAAGCAGUUUCUUUACCGGGCCCACAAUUUACAGUCAGCAACAGCUCCCCGAUAAAGAACCCGUUAACUUUUUAAGAAGGCCAAUAUUGCCUUCUCCAUCUGAUCAAAAUUUAUCUCCAAUUUUAAAUACACAGUUGACACCACCCGUUAACGUUGGACUUGGUAACAAAUUUUCCCUAUUUAAUAAUAACAGGCCAUUAAGAAACGAAGGUUUAAAUAACGUGAGAGUUCCUUUGCAAAACUUCAAUAACAACGGUGCAAUUAGUCAUGGUAAUUUCAGAGGAAAUAUCGAUAAUAAUUACCGCCCCAUUAUAAAUAAUCAAUUGAAUCAUCUGUUGAGGCAAUCUGGUAUAGCGGAAACAAAGCAUGCUGAAGAUUUUAAUAUCGUUUCGAAAGUUUUAUCAUUGGAAUCGUCAAAGUACAAUGCUUUAAUUGGUAAUAGCUUUAAUCAACCCUUUUAUCAUACCCCUUAAGUCAUAAACAAUUACAAGUUAUUCAUUAUUGUGAAUAAUGAGUUAAAAAAAACGGAACGAUAUGCUUAGUGUUAAGUACAAACACCUACCAUACAAAUAACUUAUCAUUUCAAUAAGAUAAGAGAAUUUAUAAAAAAUACAAUAAAUACCGUUUGGAAGUCAAAUAAAUUUUAAAGGUUUUCUCUUCCUCGAGAAAAAAUGACUGACUUCAUUACCAUAUUUAUAUAUAUAUAUAUAAGUCUAAUCUGUUAUAUAGUUUUUGUAAUAUAUUAUGUAAAUCUUUCAAAAAAUGUUGUAAAAUUUAUGGAUUUUUAAUUUUCCCAUUCCGCAGAAAUAGACCCUUAACAAAGUACUGUUUUCUCAAACACUCGUUUUAUUAAAGCAAUAAACAAAGUUUAAGACCUUUAUUAAAUAUUGUAUAAAGUCACUUAGUCUCUAGUUUUCACCUAGUAAUUCAUAAAUAUGGUUUUAAAUAAUUUUUUGUAAACAGAAAGCCUUGAAUAUAGCUCGAAAAAGCGCGAGAUUCCCCUAGGUGAUAUUGACUACGUCACGAAAAUCUAAACCUCCCGUCCUUGUAACCACACAUGGUAUUUUUGAAGACCCCCUCCCCCUGAUGGGUUACGUAGUAUGGAUACGUUCCCUCAUCAGCGUUAUUUACUCCACCUAGCUUUUUCUAAACUUAAAAUGUAGUAUUUAAUUUAAUUUCAUGAAAAAGAUUACCUGGAUCUCUGGCGCCCUUAAGCGAUGCUUUACUGUGUCACCCCCCCCCCCGUAGGCUAUUGAACGUAUGGUUAUCUCGUGAAUAUGGAAUAAUAAUAUUCAUUUUAAACUAUGUAAAGCACUCAUUUCGAAAUAGCAUUAUGUAAAAAUAUGCAAAUUCCAAUAUUCUGUAAAAAUUUAGUACUUCAUAAAUUAAUGAUCAAUUUUGACUAGGACUAUAAAAAGAUUUUGAGGUGAUGAGAAUGUGUAUAAAAACAAUAAUUUCUAAAACGAAUUAUUGUCAUUAUUAUCCAAUUUGUAGUACACUUCGUGAAAAAGCAAUUACCGUUUAAUAGUUUCAUAUUGCGAAGUAAUAACAAAUAAUUUAAAUUUCAAUAAAAGA